GCGUCUGGUGGAGGCUAGUUUAUCGUUGAUCGGGUGGUGACGCUGUACCUUUCUGUUGUAGUGUAGUAAAGAGCUUAACGUUGGAGUGUUGUAUGUCGAUAUUGUUAAAAUAUCGUUUUGUUCUAUAAAGAAUAAAUUGCUUAAUAAAUUUCUUCAUUUAAUUGUAGCCGUUAUAUCGCAAUGGGGGAAGAGAAUAAAGGUGAUCGUGAAAGGGAAAAAGAUCGUGAUCGAGACAAAGACCGCAGGCGCAGAUCUAGAUCACGUGAGCACAGAAAAAGAUCCCGAUCACGUAGCCGUGAUAAAAGGUCAAGGUCACGUAGUCGAGAUAGACGGAGAGAGAAGAGGAGUAGAUCUGGUUCUCCGGGUAAGAAGGACAAACGUUCCAGACGGAGGAAACCAUCGUUAUACUGGGAUGUACCUCCACCAGGGUUUGAACACAUCACACCUCUUCAGUAUAAAGCCAUGCAAGCUGCUGGCCAGAUUCCGGCGAACAUUGUUGCCGACACUCCCCAAGCUGCCGUUCCUGUCGUUGGCUCCACAAUAACAAGGCAAGCUCGAAGACUCUAUGUUGGCAACAUCCCCUUUGGAGUAACAGAGGAAGAAAUGAUGGAGUUUUUCAACCAACAAAUGCAUCUUUCUGGUUUAGCUCAGGCAGCUGGCAACCCAGUGCUGGCCUGUCAGAUCAAUCUUGACAAGAACUUCGCUUUCUUGGAGUUCCGUUCAAUAGAUGAGACAACUCAAGCAAUGGCAUUUGAUGGUAUCAACUUCAAAGGACAGAGUUUAAAAAUUAGAAGACCCCAUGAUUAUCAACCCAUGCCAGGAAUGUCAGAAAACCCAUCAGUGAAUGUUCCUGCAGGCGUGAUCAGCACGGUAGUCCCUGACUCGCCGCACAAGAUCUUCAUUGGUGGCCUUCCAAACUACCUCAACGAAGACCAGGUGAAAGAGCUUCUGAUGUCAUUUGGACAGUUGCGGGCCUUCAACUUGGUAAAAGACUCUGCCACAGGUCUCAGCAAGGGCUAUGCUUUUUGCGAGUAUGCUGAUGUAACAAUGACAGAUCAGGCUAUUGCUGGUUUGAAUGGUAUGCAGCUGGGUGACAAGAAGUUGAUCGUGCAGCGGGCAAGUGUUGGGGCAAAGAAUGCCCAGAUAGGCCAGCAGGCACCAGUUCAAAUUCAGGUGCCAGGGCUUACAAUGGUGGGAGGCGCCGGUCCAGCCACAGAGGUGUUAUGUCUCUUGAAUAUGGUAACUCCGGAGGAACUGCGGGAUGAAGAGGAGUAUGAGGACAUCCUGGAAGACAUAAAGGAGGAGUGUAACAAAUAUGGAGUGGUUCGAUCUGUUGAAAUCCCUCGACCCAUUGAGGGUGUGGAUGUACCUGGAUGUGGAAAGGUAUUUGUGGAGUUCAAUUCCGUUAUUGAUUGCCAGAAGGCACAGCAGUCGCUGACGGGCCGGAAGUUCAAUAACCGUGUGGUUGUCACAUCAUACUUUGACCCAGACAAGUAUCAUAGACGUGAAUUCUAGAUGAGACUGACAAAUGAGUUACAUGAAGUUAUCAACAUUUUGUGUGAACUGUGGCUUUGGGAUGCAUUUUGAGAUAUUGGAAAAAAAAAGAACUUAACAGUUGUCCAUUUUUUUUAUGUGUAUUGUAAAUGUAGACAGUUGCUGUAAAAUAGGCCGAAUACAAGUAUAAAUCUGGCAAAUCCAGUGGUCUGUUUUAUCAGUUUGAAGGAUAAUCUCAUAUUAGCUGAUUUACUAUGACAUUGAGUUGUGUCUUAAGUGUUAAAGAUGGACAGUUUCAUGGAAUUGUAAGGAAUCGUUUUGCGUUUAUUUUAUCCUAUUGAUUCAUUCUCUUAAUUAUAUAAUAGCUUUUACUUCAGCACAUGUUCCUCUGCUCUCACACAUCGCAAGGGGUUGUGUUAAAUUUUUCUUCACCAGAAUAACAAUGCAUCAUCACAUUUUAAGAAUGUUAGAGAAGUUUCUCAAAAUAUUGAUGAUGUAGUGUAUGAAUAUUGGGAUUCUUUUGCAUUCCUCAAAUACAGUUGUGAAGAUCAGUUGGGUAAUGUCCUGAACAAUUUUCUUGUUCAUGUAUUGUAGAAUAAUCAUAAUUGUGCAACUUCAUGUAUUUUGGCAGAUGUGCUGUACAGAUAUUGUAUGUACACAGUUUUGAGAUAACUGCUGUCUGUAGAUUAUCUGAAAUUUCAAAUAAUAGAGGAAGCAGUGGAAGAUGUGACUUUUUGAUAUCACUGUUUGUGCAAUAUUUUGUUCUCAUGUAGACCUUGAGGUGCAUGGUAUGAUGAUUCCAUGUACAAAUCAAUCCCAUUCGUAGCUGAAACAGUACAAGUACAUCAUGCAGAAAUCUAACUCCGGACCAUUAUGAAAAUAAAUGUUAGCAUAUAA